AUGUCAGUAGAUGUGGGAUGGGAGCUACUUUGGAAGACCAUCAAUAUUGACGAAGAGAAAGAAGUGCAGAAUCUAAGAAACAUAGGGAUUGAGAUUGUCCGUAAAUGUGGUUGCCUCCCUCUUGCAAUCAAGGUUACUGCUAGUGUUUUGGCAAGCAGAGAUCGAACAGAAAAUGAGUGGAAAAAGAUUUUGAGCAAAUAUGCUUGCUCCGAGAGCAUGCUUUCUAAUGGAAUGGAGGGAGCUUUAUAUCUAAGCUACAAUGAGUUAUCGUAUCGUUUGAAGCAGUGCUUCCUUUAUUGUGCAUUGUAUAUUGAAGAUUAUGCCAUUCUCCGUCGUGUAAUUACCAGGUUAUGGAUUGCCGAAGGCUUUGUUGAGGAGCAACAAGAGCAACUACUAGAAGAUACAGCAGAAGAGUACUACUAUGAGCUAAUCCAUCGAAAUCUCCUCCAACCUGAUAACAAAUCUUUUGACCAGGCUGUUUGCAAAAUGCAUGACCUCUUAAGACAGUUUGCUUUAAACAUAUCAAAAGAAGAAUGUUUUAUUGGAGAUAUUGAAACAUUAAGAGGUGUGAAUAUGUCAAAACUACGACGAGUUACUGUUGUGAGUAAGAAAGAUAAAUUAGUGUUACCUAGAAUGAACAAGGUGGAAGCUAAGGUGAGGACGUUCUUUACUGUUCUUGGUCCCCGGAGCAUUGAGGAUACAUUGUUCAAGAGGUUUCUGCUUCUUCGUGUUUUGGUACUAAAUUACUCACUUGUACAGAGCAUUCCACAUCAUAUAGGAAAACUGAUACAUCUACGGCUACUUGAUUUUGAUUAUACUGGCAUAUCCUGUCUUCCGGAAUCUAUCGGCUCCUUAAAGAACCUUCAAAUUUUGAGUUUGAAUUAUUGUGAUGUUCUGCACAGUCUUCCUUCAGCGAUGUCGCAGUUGUAUAGUUUAAGAUGUCUCAGUCUUCUUGAUACAAAAAUAAAUCAGGUUCCAAAAGGGAUAGGAAAAUUGAAGUUCCUCACUGAUGUGCGAGGAUUUCCAGUUGGAGAAGGAAGUAAUAAUGCUGAUGUACAAGAUGGAUGGAGGUUGGAAGAGUUGUCAUCCGCGUCGCUGCUGAGGUAUCUUACAUUGGUUAACUUGGAAAGAGCAGCUUGUUGUAGUACAAAUACAAUGUUGAUGGAUAAAAAGCAUCUAAAAGCACUAGUACUAGAGUGGACAUCAUAUUCAGAAGAUAUUGGAAAAACUGAGAAGGUGUUUGAGCAGCUAAUACCUCCAGCCAACUUGGAAACCCUAUAUAUUAUUGGGUUCUUUGGUCGGCGCUAUCCCAUCUGGUUUGGUAGCACCUGUUUGCCUUCACUAGUACAUGUGAUCCUCAGAAAUCUACGAUGUGUGAGUCUUCCACCGAUUGGCCAGCUACCCAACUUGAAAUAUCUGAGGAUUGAGGAAGCAUAUGCAGUUACCAAGGUUGGACCUGAAUUCGUUGGUUGCACAAUGGCCCAUUCCAUAUGCAGUCAGUUGGUUGCUUUCCCUAAACUUGAAUGGUUAAUCAUCAGGGAUAUGCCCAACUGGGAGGAGUGGUCUUUUUUUGAAGAAGAAAUAGAAGCUGCUCUUAAUGAAAGGGGAGAGGAUGGAACUGCUGAGAUUCAGAAAGAGGAUGCCCCAUCUGCAAGGAUGCAACUGCUGCCUCGUUUGGUGAAGUUGAAACUUGAUGGUUGCCCAAAGUUGAGGGCUCUUCCGCUACAGCUUGGAGUGGACACUGCCGGAUUAAAGCACCUCGAACUAAUUGAAACAAACAACUUGAAGGCUGUGGAUGACCUCCCACUGCUCUCUGAGCUCCUUAUUAUUAAUAAAUGUGAAGGCCUUGAGAGACUCUCUAAUCUCCCUCAAGUGUCAGAGCUUCGUGUAAAUGGUUGUCCAAACUUAAGCCAUGUGGAUGGGUUAGACAGUUUGCGGCAGUUGUGGCUGGGUGAGGAUAUGGAAGAGAUCUCCCCUAGCUGGGUGCUUGGGCUUCAAAAGCAACACCAGCGGCUUCAUGACGAAGACCUGGAUGUUUACACGAUGUUUAGCAGUUAG